CCAGAACAAGCAAAGGAUGAGCUUGUACGGCAAGGGUCGUGCCAUAAAGCAAGAGCCGUCCAAGGGAACGGGCAGAACAACGCAACGUGACCGACGCAUGCUGUCGAACUGGCAGCUACUGCACGUCUAACAUUUACACCACCUCAACAGGCACCGGGAAAUCCUCGCAUCCGGGCCAAAUCGCCGAGUAAAAUCCUUCCUGCCUGCAUCGGCUCAGCCCUCGCACCUUCCUCGAGAUGUCGCUCACCAAAUGGUUUAAAGGAAGCGGAAGUGGAAGGAACGAUCAGGACAGCGUGACGCUCAAGAACAGCAAGAAGAAAACAAAGAAGAGAAGCGAACAAGAAGACUACUACACUCAAGACGACAUGGAGGGCUACGUCUACGACAACAACUACCACUACCAGCCCGCCCCCGGCCUCCAGCCCCAAGGAUAUGGAUAUUCGCAACGGAUGGCAGCAAAGCCUAGGAAGCCGAGACUAGCGGCACAAGAGGGACACUUCGAUGCCGAGGAACUGACGCGUCGCCUUCUCGAUGUGCUAGCCGAGCAAAAGGCACACGAAGCCAAGAAGCAAAGGAUGAGAGAAGCUAGGACAGAUCCAGCUACUCAGUGGCAGCAACGGCAAGAAGCAGCGAUAUCUUCUUUGAACAGGGCCCCGACUGCAGCUGGCCGGACGACAGGCUUAAGAAAGCCAAGCAAGUCAUACGCCGACCACGACAUCGAAGCCGCCGAAGAACAAGAAUACCGCCAUGUACCCAACGACGCAGCCAGGGCGUUGAAUCAAACCGAUGCCGACAAAGCCAUCCGCCAACAAGACAAGCUCGACAAGCGAGCCCAGGGCGAACACCACCGACGAAGCAGCGAAAUGACCGUUGAGGUCCCCAUAGCGGAGCGUACAACGGCUCUGCCACACCAGACUCAGCCCCAGUUAGUCUUGCUGGACAACAACCGCGCCAAACAAGAACAGAUUCUUGACGAGGCAUCGCAAGGGGGCCACAAAGCCCGUGGACAAACCGAUAUCGAUAGGGCAAAGAGACGGCACAGUCUCAGCCUCGAAGGGGCGCUGUCGAGGAUCUCGGCGGCUUGGGCGUCUGGAGCCAGUGGUGGUGAACAGGACCAUACAACGGCAGUAUCAGCAUCAGCACCAGCACCAACAUCAGCAACAGCCGGGACGCAACCCGGGGCAAGUAGUAAGGAGCCCGAAUCCAUAAUCUUCCUUCAUCCACUAGCUAUUCACACCACGACCACAACGCAAGACCAGGCCACCUCCCAGCAAGAACACCAGCCAGCAGCACUACCAGCAGCAGAGAACAACAACAGACCGGCAGAAAGGGCCCUCUCCAACGCCAAGGAAAACGACGACCUAUUAGCCCUUCCCUCCCCAACAACCCAGAGCCAAAGCCAAAGCCUAAGCCAGCGCCUGCGAGGGUCAACUUCUCUCCUGAACCUGCGCAAAAAGCUCGGCAUGAAUGGCUCAUCAGGCUCCGGCUCCGGUUCCGGCUCCGGCUCUUCUGGCUCUCCCGGUUCUCCAGUGACCGCCAACAGUAGCGGCAGUAGCGGCAGUGGGUUGUUUACAGCCACGACUGGGAUUUCAGGAGGGGAGGAAGCUGCUACGUCACCGCUUACUACGGCUUCGUCUUGUGGUGCUGGUGGUCCUGGUGCGGAUAAUCUGCCACAGCCACAGCUGCGGCAGGGGUUGUUGAAGAAAACGGCGACGGGGAAGAGUCAGGAGAAGGAGAAGGAGAGGGGGAAGAUGAAUAGUAAGAAGAGUGGGUUCUUUGCUAAGCUUGGUGGAAGUGUGAAGAAGGGGAUGUUUUGAGUUGUGUUGUUUGUGUUUGUGUUUGAAGUUCAAGAUGAGGCGAUGCGGUUAUAUGGGCAAUGAUACAUGGGACGAUGGGAUAAUAAUGACGGGUCGAUAUGGAUGGCGUAGGGUGGCAACCUAGGGUAGAGAUGGCAGGCGUGUUGGGUCUAUGAACACAAACGAAUUUUGGACGGCGACGAACUUGAGAUCAAGGUUUCGGCUGACUUAUACUAUACCAUGUCUGGCGUUAAAGUUAUCUAUACACCAGCAGAUAGCGGUGACAUGGCCGGAUACGCAUUCGAAGUGCUUAUAUACAGCUGAUUUGUUAUCAAGUACAUGUAGUUUUCUGUCGUCCUAAUGUUGGACAAGGCAAGAACAAUUCCACCCACUGAGGUAUGGUUACUCAUGCCAACCC